GCCCCCCGGCUUCCGGUGAAGAGAAGCGGAGCUGACGUGCGCCCACUCUUGCGCCUGCGUACUAGCUGGCGAGCUGUCACGACUCGCGUCUUUAGUUGCCGUUGCUGUGGCAGCCGUGGCCUUUGUGGCCUGGCUGCGAAACGUUCGGGCAGGACGGAGGCUCCAGGAAAUACCAGCGGCAGCUCCGCCGCUUUCUCCUCCUCCUCCCCUUCUCCAUCCCCGCCGCAGUCACUCACCUUGCUGGUGAUGCAACCCUGCGGCGGGGACGGAGAGGCGGUGGGCGCCAUGCUGCAGCCACAGGUGGUACAGCCCGCGCAGGCUGUCUCCAAGGCGCCGUCCGCCCAAGGCGGGCUCAUGCUCUUCUAUGAGCUGGGGCCUGCGGGCGACGCCGAAGGAGAUAGCGAAGGCGGCGCCGGGGCGACGGGCGCGGACGGUGCGUGUAGUCCUGCCGGCGGCCUGGAGGACCUGGACGACGAGGAUGAGAGCGGCGCCCAGUCGGGGGGAGGCGGCGGCGGGUGUAAAAGCUGCACGUACGAGGGUUGCAACGAGACCACCACCCAAGUGGCGAAGCAGCGCAAGCCUUGGAUGUGCAAGAGGCACCGGAACAAGAUGUACAAGGAUAAGUACAAGCGCAAGAAGAGCGACCAGGCCCUCGGAGGCGGCGGCGGUGGUAACGCCCCCUGCUCGGCUACCGCUGUGGUGGCGGCGGCGGCGGUGGCGGCGGCUGGAGCUGCACUUUCGGGGAGCAGUGGGCGCAUUGAGGAUUGCACUGAAACUUCCGUUUCUGUAUCAAAGCAAAGAACAGGUAGUAUUGGAGAUAGGCCUGCAAAACCUACACUUUUGGAACAGGUGCUAAAUCAGAAAAGGCUGUCACUUCUGAGAAGUCCUGAAGUUGUACAAUUUCUGCAAAAACGACAACAACUGCUAAGUCAACAAGCAUUGGAACAAAGACAACAACAGUUUUCAGGAGCACCAAUGUAACAGCAAAUUUCAUAGCAGAAGUAAACACUAUUAUAAUGGGGUCUACUGAAUUUCUGUAACUGUUGUAGUUAGUUUCAUUUUCUGUAUUGCCCUUUUGCUUUUUUCUUUGAUUUUAUUUGAAAUUAACGUUUUAAAUUGUUUUUAUGAGCUUUGUGCAGCUUCUCCCCUCAAUUACAAACUUCCAUUGAUUCAUUUUGGAAGUUAUAUUGAUGUUUUUGGGAAAGAUAAACUGAUAAACAAGCUGCUUUUUAUUUUAUGCAAACUAACCUUGCAUAAAGUUAUUAUUUUAUGACAUUCAUUGAAGAAAACAAUAGUUACUUUCUAUGGAAGUUUUAAACAGUAAACUUUGAGCCACUCCAGUAACUUCUUGUUCAGGAAGCCACAUCUGAGUUUAUUUUACUAACUGGGGGACUGUGUAGCACAAUUUGGCUCACAGUCCCGUUACUGUUGUUAGAUUUGUCUGCCAGGCAAUCUAAUUGAUAAUUUUAUAUUACAUUAUAAAUAAUGUGUUCCAGGUUUGUAUUAAUGUUAUGUACAUUUUGUACACAUGGUUGAAUAUUUAGUGUAUUUCAGUAUAUUACUGCCAGGAUUCAUUAAGAGGCAUUUAUUUAAAUUUAUUUAUAUUAUUGUUGCAUUUUAAUGACUUAUUUGUACUAAGAAACAUCCAUAGUUUAUAUAAGACUAUUUUAAAGCAUCAUUUUGUAUAUUUGUAAUUUUUGAACUCUUUCUGAACAUGCAGUUUUUUUAAAAAAACUUUUUGUAAAAUGUCAUUUAAGUUAAUUUUUUACAUCAGACUUUUUAAAGAUUUUGUAAUUGUACAAAUUACGUUGACUCCAAUGUUAAGUCAAGAUCAAUAAAACAAAUCAAUCCAA